UUUACUUUUAAAGGUGCCGUUCGCGUGAAACUAGCGUCGUCGUUAGGUGCAGUUAAAUAUCUGCUAAUUGUCUAGAGGAAGGCUUAGUUUCGGGGUAAUGAAUUAAGCGUGGCUGAUACGAAUGUGAUUGUUGUCAAUUAGAAUAGUGACAAAGUUGCUUAAGAUGCUAGGCUAGGUUGGGAUAGUUGGAUGAGCUGAGAUAUAAAUAGAUUUUUUGUCGGUAAUAAUGCGCGUAGGUUUGUUGCUUAAGAAGAGAAAACAUCGCCGAAUCGGUGGUUUUGGAAUUCCAGACAUUCUCUUAGAAACAAUGGCUUUGAGCAUCAAUUUUGAUGAUUUAAUUGCACAAUAAGAAAUUUUGAUAGCCGCUAUAUCCCCGGCACCGCCAACAUUAGACGUUCCGUUUGUGCCGCUGGUGCACCAAAGCGGAUGAUGCCAGGCAAGAUAAAAGGCUAUUAUCGCGCAGCGCGGCACACGGCCGGUACGAUUGAGCCGGCGGCGCUGGGCGCAGUUUAUCAGCAGGACCACCAACCUCGUGAUUUGACCGUGCGCAGACGGCAGAAGGGGACGACUUCUGGGUAUCGCACGGCAUUGUGUUAGCGCUGUUCAGUAUAGCGUCGAACCUCGAAUCGACACUGCCUGUAGCUGCAUGCCUGUGCUCUGAUUAGGCGAGCGGUUCGAAGAUUCUCAAGUUGGACAGAGGGCUGCCUGCAAUGUAUCGUACUUUGGACAAUCAAAAAAAUAGUUCGCUGCUGGCAUAAUUUAUGAUAAAUUAUGCGAACUCUUCGUUGGAAACCUUCGGAUUUUUUGUGGAACCUAAAGUAGAGGCUGAGUGAAACAAAGAGCUCUGUUUUGAUUUGAAAAUAUACCAUUAAGUAGAAAACUACUACGUGAGUCGGUAUACUAUUAACAAACAGCUGAAUCUAAUGUGAAAAAGUAGAUUGUAGAGGGAACGAGUGAAGUGUUACGAAUAACUAAACGUAAUCAGUCUAAUCAAAAGUGAUAAUGGCAUUUCGGAGCGGUGUACGAGGGAAUGAUGUCGGGUGCAUCGGUACAGCGUGGCUGUUUCUUGUUCGCAGGUCAUUGUAGAUCUGAGAGUAGUGCAUCCGUGGACGUGGAGAUUCUUCACUAUCCACGAUCGGCUGGCGUUAGUGAUUGACAGUGAUGUUGCGAACCUAAAAUGUUACAGGCUGUUCUCUUAACGAUACGCUUUAUGUAUUGUGUAUACGAUAGUUGCAGAAUCAUUUUGAAAAACAAGUGCGCUCUUCCAGCUGAUAGCUGAUAAUAUAGAGCAGGCAGGAGUGACUACGUGACUGUGUGAAGAUUACAAUUGUUUGCUCGGGUCAAAUUGCACUGUAACAACAGGUGUACACGGAUAUAAGAUUUUGCUAAGUAACAAUGGCCGAACUUGCUCAGCUGCGGCCCCCGGACGGCGGCUGGGGAUGGAUGGUGGUGUUUGCCUACGGAAUGGCUAAUAUCAUGAUCAUCCCGGUGCUGCAGAGUUUUGGUCUGAUCUUCAAGGACACCUUCAAACAGAUUAACGUUUCCGCCACGGGCGCUUCGCUCAUCAUCAACCUGGCAUCGUCGGUCGGAAUGACGUUCGGCCUGUUCAACGGUCCGCUACUGCGUAACUUCGGCUUCCGGAAAGUGGCCGCCGCAGGCGGAACGAUGUUUUCACUGGGACUAAUGCUUACCUCCACCGCACAAACGUUCGCGCAUUUCAUCAUAACCUAUAGUAUUAUAGCUUCUCUCGGGAUGGGGUUUUGCAAUUCGUCGUUCUCGCUUGCGUUGAACACUUACUUUGUUGUUCGAAGAAACAAAGCGGCCGGAAUCGCAAUGACCAUCACCGGGUUGGGACCGAUUCUGUUGCCCCAGCUGGUCUCACUGCUUGUUGGGCUGUACGAUCCACGGAGUUGUUUGCUCAUCAUUGGUGCACUGGCUACCCAUAUCAUCGCAGCAUCCCUGCUGUUGCAGCCCGUCAAAUGGCAUAUGAUCCCGGUAGAACAGAAGCAUGACUCCGUCACUGGGAAAGACAGUUCCGACGAUAAAAGCUCCGCUGUUGAUGCGAUUGUCCCAGUGCAGAACUGUCGGAACAACACCGAUAAUGGCAUUUGGGAGGCCGAAUCAGACACCGAGGAAGGUUACCUAGAGGAACAAAGCUACCUCACCGAUCACGAAACUGACGCCCAGAGCAUCUACGGGUUUGAGCUGACUUCCCAAAUUCGAAGGCGCGAUUCGAUAGCCGCUCUUUCGCGAGCCAAAAGUGAAGUAUUUCAUCCCGUACAGAGGCGUCCAUCGUUGGUUGAAAACUUGACCUUCAAAUCAGGGUCACAGAGUUUGGGCACCACACCUGAGAAGCGCCGUUGGUUUCAGGCCGAUUCAGAUGAAUCGGUGAAUUUGGGAAGCUCUUUGAAAAUUUUCGACGAGCGAGAACGAAGAAAUUCAAUGGACACUGUAAUGCCUAAACGCAAACUGUCCGGCAUCUUUACAGGGCGACGCCCGUCCAUUAAAAGAUGGUUCGAAAAAUCGGAAGAUUCAGUUCAUUUAAGUAGUUCACUACGAAUAUUCGAAGCUCGUAGAGGUUCUCAUCCGAGCCUCCGCGAGAGUUCACCAGCGCUUCCAACAGUUUCAAACUCGAAGCUUCCAGUUUUAAGUGAAAACCAGGGUCUCACGGAGGACAAUCGUUUUCCCUCGAUUAUGCGUCAGCUGGAUCGGCCUAACGCAACGCGACCAUCCGGGUCGAAAACUACCACCUUCAAACUGGACAACGUCGACGGUGAUAUUCCAAAUCAGCAGAAGAAAACCUUUGCGCAGAAAGUUGUCGCACUGUUUGAUCUCACCCUGCUGAAAGACAAAAUUUAUGUUAAUAUGAUGCUAGGAAUGGCGGUCUCUGUGUUUGCCGAGAUCAAUUUCUCACUCAUGACUCCUUUCAUUCUGAGCGAUCUGGGCUACCGUACGGAACAAAUCGCGUCGAUAAUGUCGACGCUGGCAGUGGCGGAUUUGAUAUUUCGCUUUAUUUCGCCGUUUGUUGGAGACUUCCUCAGAUUGUCACCGCGGAUUAUGUACAUGAUUUCGCUUAGCAUGUUGAUAGUGUUUCGAUUCAGUAUCCUCAUAGCACGUAAUUAUGCCGAAAUGAUUGCGGUUGCUUUCUUCCUGGGAGUGGCGAAGGGCGUUCGAACCGUCUACAUGGGCUUAGUGAUACCUAGUUAUAUACCGAUUAAACGACUGCCGUCGGCCUCCAGCAUCCAGAUGAUGAUGAACGGGGUAAUCCUGAUGAUGAUUGGUCCCCUGGUGGGACUGAUUCGGGACCUGUCCGGCAGCUACUCGAAAAGCAUUCUACUCAUCAACGCGUUCACUAUCGUAACGCUGAUAAUGUGGGCGAUCGAAAUGGCUUACGUGAAGCGGAAAAGCCGCCAGAAACAGUUGGAGGCCGCGGCUGGCGCGGGUUUGUGUGAUAGGUAGUAUUUUGUAUUUAGAAUAUAUGCUGUGUUCUUUUUGAGCA